UGUUUUCCAGUUAGAGCUCAUAAUCUCUUAGCUCCCUCCGUGUCUCUCUCCAAAUAUAGACGGAAACACACUGAUCUUAGAUCUGUGCGAGUAUUUAUCACAAACUUUUGUGAAGAUACAAUGGGAAAACCUCCUUGUUGUGACAAAGAUGGACUGAAGAAAGGCCCAUGGACUGCAGAAGAAGAUCAGAAACUGAUUGAUUAUAUUCAGAAGCAUGGGCACGGUAGAUGGCGAAUCCUUCCGAAGAAUGCAGGUCUAAAAAGAUGUGGAAAGAGUUGCCGGCUUCGCUGGACAAACUAUUUGAGACCUGACAUCAAGAGAGGGAGGUUUUCAUUUGAAGAAGAGGAGACCAUAAUACAACUGCACUGUGUUUUGGGAAACAAGUGGUCCGCCAUUGCUGCCCACUUGCCGGGAAGAACGGAUAACGAGAUAAAGAACUAUUGGAACACCCACAUCAGAAAGAGGCUGGCGAGAAUGGGAAUCGAUCCAGUUACUCAUACCCCACGCCUUGAUCUUCUCGAACUCUCCUCGAUUCUGAGCUCAUCUCUCUACCACUCAUCUCAACUCAAUCUACCAAGUUUGCUUGGGAUCGGACCUUUUGCGAACCCGAAUAUUCAAAAUCUAGUCACAGCUUUCAACUUGUCAUCCCAACGCAAAACAUCGGACAUGAAUACUUGUCAAUAUCUCCAGCAAAACCAAUUUGACAAUACCCUAGUUGGAAAUCAUCAGUUCCAGUCCUCCCAACCAAUUCAGCCAAGCACAAUUUAUUCUGGACAAGCAAACCAGCUCCACAGCCGACCAAUCCAAGAAAUUCAACACUGUGCAGCAUCAAGCACUCUAAGUGCUCCAUUUCAAAGCGAAGUACCCCAGCUCACACAAGCCAAAAUGGAGCAACUCUCACCAAACCUUGCUUAUUUUGGCUCCCAAAACUCUCUACCAAAUUUGUGGCCAAAUAUUGGAGAGCGUCCUGAUCAUUUAGCCAUGGGUGAUAUUCCUAAUUUUCCAGAGUUCGACUCCAUUAUUGACCCUAACUCAGAAAACCAUGUUUUACACUCAAACAAUAUCGAGCGGAUACCAAGUUUCAGUUUUGACUCAUUCAUAACAACACCUUCAUCUAGUUCCACUCCCUUAAAUUCAUCGGCUGCUACCAGCUAUGCCAACUGCAGCACUGAAUAUGAGGAUAGUUACUGCAGCAAUUCUUUGAUGUAUAAUAUACCAAAUAGCUUAAAUGCCAGUGGACUGCGUAUGUAAGACAAUAGGCCUACGUACUUCAAGCUGCAGUACUUUGCAACUGCAUCGAGCUGAUCACAUUUUCAUAUAUAUAUAUAUAUAUAUAUAUAUUUAUUCUGCUUCUAGU